AUGUCUGAAACUCAGUUUUCUUGGUCUCAGUUUCCUCAAUAUACUGAAGAACAACUAAAAAGAGCAAGUAAAAGUUUUAAGUCUUCCGUAAAUUGGGCCAAAUACAAAGAGUGGGUAGAAGCUGGGAAGCCUUUCAAAGAACACAAUGAAUUAUUGUCCAUAGAUCAGGCAGAUCAGAAACUUGAGAAUAGUUCUUACAACAGACCAGUUGAAACCAAACGAUGUAACGUUAUCAGACAAAGAGAACAAAGAAAUGGAUUUAGCUCUUACAAAAGUGUCGGGAAGGCCAACCGAAUCACUGGGAAAAGAAGCAAUGACAUUUCUUCCACUAACAGAACUAAAACCACCUCUUGUAACGAGGGUGAAUAUUGUAGUGAAACUUUUGAAUCCAAUCCAAUUUCUGACACUAUUGAACUACACAAAAAAGAUGAUUCAAGACCUAGAAAGAGACAAUAUCUUUAA